CCCUGUGCCCUGCCCUCUCCAUGCCUGUCCUGCCCUGGCCCCAGACCCUCACUUUCCAGAUCCCACACCCAGCUGUCCCCUGUGCACUCUGGAACUCCCUCUGCUUCCCCUCCGAGGCUUGUCCAAGGGCUGACCCCGGGACCCGCCGCCCUUCCCUCGCUGGGCCCGGCCUGUCCGCAGCCCGCUCUCCGGAUCAGGCUUCCUAAGAAGGGAGGAGGCCGGUUCCGGCCCCGCGGCCCUCACGUGCUUUCCCGGCCACCCCUCCCGCCCUGCAUCGAGGCAGACAAGCCUGUUCCUCUUCCCUUGGCUGCGAUUGCGACAGGGCGGCCCGGCUCCCAGCGCUCCCUGUCCCCGCCCCGCAGUUAGCUUUCUGCACUCCCACUUCCUGAGCUCCGCCGUGGGAGCCCCGGAGGCCCGGCCUGGCCGCUCCCGGCCCCGGGGGGCACAUCGGCCCUGAGUCCCGUCCCAGGCUCUGGGCUCCGGCAGCUGCCGCCACCGCUGCCCAGGGCGUCGGGCCUCCUGCCUUCCUCCCAGGCCCCCUCGCUGCUGGCCUGCUGGCCGGCUGGCCGAGUGGCCGCCAUGCGCCUGCCUUGGGCCACCUCUGCCCGCGGCCUGGCCUGGGGGCCUCUGGUGCUGGGCCUCGUUGGGCUCCUAGCAGUAUCCCAGCCCCAGGUGGUGCCUCCAUACGGGUCGGAGAACCAGACCUGCAGGGACCAGGAAAAGGAAUACUACGAGCUCAGGCACCGCAUCUGCUGCUCCCGCUGCCCGCCAGGCACCUAUGUCUCAGCUAAAUGCAGCCGCAGCAGCGACACAGUUUGUGCUGCAUGUACUGAAAAUUCCUACAAUGAGUUCUGGAACUACCUGACCAUCUGCCAGCUGUGCCGCCCCUGUGACCCAGUGAUGGGCCUCGAGGAGACUGCCCCCUGCACAAGCAAACAGAAGACCCAGUGCCGCUGCAAGCCGGGAAUGUUCUGUGCUGCUGAGACCUCCGAGUGUACACACUGCGAGCUACUUUCUGACUGUCCACCUGGCACUGAAGCCGAUCUCAAAGAUAAAGUUGGUAAGGGUAACAACCACUGCAUCCCCUGCAAGGCAGGGCACUUCCAGAACACCUCCUCCCCCAGUGCCCGCUGCCAGCCCCACACCAGGUGCGAGGACCAAGGUCUGGUGGAGACAGCUCCAGGCACUGCCCAAUCCGACACAAGCUGCAGAAAUCCAUUAGAGCCACUGCCCCCAGAGAUGCCAGGAACCAUGCUGAUGCUGGCCAUCCUACUGCCGCUGACUUUCUUUCUGCUCCUCGCCAUUGUCUUCGCCUGCAUCUGGAAGAGCCACCCUUCUCUCUGCAGGAAACUGGGAUCGCUGCUCAAGAGGCAUCCAGAGGGAGAGGGGUCCAAUCCUGCCGUUGGAAGCUGGGAACCUCCGAAGGCCAAUCUACACUCCCUUGACCUGGAACAGCCACUGCUGCCCAACUCUGGAGAUGUCUCCCCAGUCUCCACUGGGCUCCCCACAAGCUCAGCUUUGGAGGAAGGGGUGCUGCAACAGCAGAGUCCUCUGGGUCAGAUCAGGGAGCCACAGUUGGAACCUGGGGAGCAGGGCCAGGUGCCCCAUGGUACCAACGGCAUUCAUGUCACCGGCGGGUCUAUGACAAUCACUGGCAAUAUCUACAUCUACAAUGGACCAGUACUGGGGGGACCACCGGGCCCUGGAGAUCCCCCAGCUACUCCAGAACCUCCAUACCCCAUUCCCGAAGAGGGGGACCCUGGCCCUCCCUGGCUCUCUACACCCUCCCAGGAAGACGGCAAGGCUUGGCACCUGGCAGAGACAGAGCACUGUGAUACCAUACCCUCUAACAGUCACCCAGUUUGUCACCCAUGACUGAUGGUGUCUGGGAAAAGGCAAAAGAAGGGAAGCACAAGAGCACCUUCUCCCCUGAGGCCGCCCUACCCAAAUGGGAUUCACAGGGGGCCUGGGGAGGGCCUGGGGAGGCAGAGCCCUAAGGGACUGAGGCUCAGACACCUCUGAGAGCAGGUGGGCACUGGCUGGAUACCAUGCCCUCCACAGGACUCUCCCUACUGCCUGAGCAAACUUGAGGCCUCCUGGCAGGCCCACCCACUGGGGCUGCUCAGCCUCAGGCACGGACAGGGCAUAUGAUGCCAACUGCUGCCCACCAUGGCAUGCUGCAUCGGAGCACAGCACUGAGGGAGCCGCCACGCGGUCACCUGCAAGGAUGUCACCGGGCCCUCUAAAGGAUUCGUGGUGCUCAUCCCAAAGUUUCAGAGGCCCUUUGGGGUUCCACACUUCACAUGGACUGAGGUAGACCCUGCAUGAUGAAAUUAUAGGGAGGAUCUCCUUCCCCCCAUCCUAGAGGAGAGGAAAGGGAGUCGCUAACAACAGGUUGGGUAAGACUCCUAGGUAUGGGAAAGCGUUUUGGAAGGGGAGGAAAAUGGCGAGUGUAUUUAUAUUGUAACCACAUGCAAAUAAAGAGAAUGGGACCCGGA